AUGGGCUUUGGUCAGCCGAGUGGCUGGGUCAUCACACACGGACUCGGCGGGGCACAAGAGAGCGCUUCAAGGGAAUCGCCAAAUUCCGAGUUUCGGGCGUCUUUUGCUGGAAUGUCUUACAUCGGAGCCCUGUCAGGCUUCCUUGAGGAUGGCGGUUCGGAUGAAGACGAAGCGGGGGAACGGGGUGCUGAGAGAGAUAGCAAUGAUAAAAACGAUGGAGGUGAUGGCCUGGUCGGAAAUCUCGAAGAAGCAAAUGAGGAGUAG